GCGAUCGGUGCCACCGCCCAGGAUGGUGUGGUUACGUUUGGGCUUUGGGGCAGCACCGAUUCUGCCGUGUUUGAUAGGCUUUGCAUUUUCAGUUGGUUUUUUGCACGCUUCCAAAUCUGGAAUAAAUUCCAGAUUUGUCCCAGUCUCGCCUUUGUGGUGGUCUUUGCCGUCGUAUUUCCCUUCCGGGAUAUAGAGCAUUUGUUCGGGCAUCGUGCCUUUAUUGUUUCUUUUCAUUUCACAAUAAAGAUCAUUUUGGUUGUGGCCGCGUAGAGGCACAUUUCUGUGUGGCAGCUGCAGGCCACUUUCAUGGUGGAGAUGCUAGUUCGAUUCCCGUAUCCCUGUACUGACUAGUGGAUUUUCUUUUACGGUCGGCAGGCAUUUUGCCUUGCGCGCCGCAUUUAGCCGAUUAUUUCAAUUUAAUUUGAAAUUGCCACCGUGUUUGCGUCAUUAACUGCGCGCACUUGCCGAUUUUCCUGUACGGUCAACCGGAUUCCGCACUCUCACUACAGCGCAGUGUGGAGUUGAGCCGUACCAAAAACCCGGAAGGCAUCAGCAACGUCAACCGACACAUCGCGGAGGACCGGAGCUGAUUUUCCUUCGCCAUCAACCGAUAGCUGACUCCUCUACACAUCGGAGGAACGACCACACAUUGGCCAUUCUUCUGCAAGGGAGCAGCAAGGCGGACUCGAGAUUCUGCAUUCCAGACGACCGUCGGAAAGCAAGCAAGCACCGAAAGCACCGCGCCGUACUCGUCACGUCGUGUCAGUGCAGACAACAUGGAGCCGACGCAGUGUUAUCGCUGCCGUUACAACACUAACCGCCGAAAGUGCGCCGAUUGUCUCUUCGGAGAUAAACUGUACAGCGAACAGGAGAAGGACACCGUCGUGAGCCGAUUGGUUAACGAAGUCCUGAACUGCAACCUGGAUGCGUAUGUCACACUCGGUGAAACGCAUUUCGAGCCGGUAUUCCAAGCCAAACCUUGGCUGCGUAUCAGGAUGAACGACGCCGCCAGGAAACUCAUAGCCGCUCGUGAACCACAGUGGUGUGAUAUGCCACUGCCUGCCGAUUUGCCGCCGCAGCCUAAUUAUGCUGUGCCGAUGCAGUUACCGAUCAGUUACCCUGCACAAGUGCAGACGCCGAUGAACCAGGGAUAUCCCGUGAAUCCCGUCAACCAGUCGCAGAUGCUGCAGUAUCCACAGAUGCAGUAUCAACAGUACCAGCAGCCGGCGCAAUAUGCGCAGUACCAGCAGCAAGCCGAUGUGGCUUUUAACCAGCCGCAAUAUCAAUAUUACCGACAGCAGAACGAACAGCAGGCGCCGAGUAGUGCUAGCAGUGCAGGGACUUCUGAUCCUUGGCUGCAUGAGCGUGGGUACCGAGGAAAUACUGCACAACAGCAGUAUCCCAGCCGAGCUGCAUCACAGCAGCGUAAACUCGAACCGCAACCCAGCACGUCGCGUGUACAGCCAGACGCGCGUGUCGGACUGUCGAAACAAAAACGUGGCAGACAGCGUGGAAACCAGUCGAAUAUCCGUUCUGCUGGCUAUCAGCAGCGCAACGAGCCGAGUAAACCACAGAAUGAUCAGCCGGCUGAAUCUCAGCAACCGCCGCCGCGCGAGAGUAAUUCUCGCGAUAAUCGUGGUGUUCGACGACCACGCCAGCCGACUAUCGAUCCUAAUAGGAUUCUGCGCGAUGUGACGCAGUAUACUAGCGACUUGGGUAUUUAUGUACACAAGUUAGCUACCGUUGCCGAUAUAGGCAAGACAAAUGCGCCGGAAAUGUUGUAUUUGAAGAAAAUGAUAUAUAAUGCCGUCGCGUUGUUGGAAAAAACCGGAUUGAGAGACCGGAUGAUGGAGUUUGACUACUCCACAGUCGAUUUGUCGCGUUCGUUAGAGAUAAUCACUUACGCGUCAACCCGCCGAAAUAAUUUACGUACCGUGCUGGAUAAAAAGCAGCUGUAUAUGCCGAUCACAGCCGUUGACAUUGAGAUUAUUUCUCAAUUCAAGAUUUAUGGCGAUCCGGUAACUGAAAAGUUCCUAAUGCAGUUUAUACUGCCACAAGCCGAUCCCGCGAAGUUUUUCUUCUUUUGUAAAGUCGCUCAUUUCCUGAAUCAGGAAUUAAACGAACGGAGUAUUGCCUGGGAGUCAAUUCCCUACAAUACCGGGCCGAAAUUUGCCGCUAUGAGUAUUGCUGCCGCGUUACUUGGCAGUCAUAGUGCGCACAAGUCGAUUUAUCAAAGUAAGGAACGAGCCGAAUAUUCCCAGCUGAAAGACUUGAUUGAGCUACUGGGGAAGCCGCUUACUGAACAGCAAGAAGCAGAGUUGUUGAAAGACACUCUAGCUGCCGCCGGUCAUGUCGAGAUGGACACUGACGAAGUCGAUCGUUUUUACGAUGACAUUAAUACCCGUAUGAAGCGAUACGGUGAUCGCAAGACGCAGUUCGAUAAGGGCCAGCUAUACAAAAAGCGCCCUUUGCCCGAUUCGCCAGAUGCUCCUACAGGAAGCAAAACUGUACAGCCGGAACAGAAAUUCCGAAAUAAUCGGAAUAAACAGUCGGCAGGUGAUCCUGCAUCGCCGCAGUUGGGAGUGAUGGGCGGGAAACAGCCUGUCAAGCUUCCUCCCCUUACACAGCCGAUUAUUAUUCCCGUGGUAAAGCCGAAUUUGCCAAUGGCGAAGUUUUCGUCUGCGCCGUCGUCGUUGAAUACAACGACUGUGAAAUCAUCUGGUACGAAUACCGAUAAGCAAGAUCAUGUGCGGAAACAGCAAUUGCCGACUGUUCCCGCGCCAGCCGAACCGAUUGUUGCAGCUAAUGUUGAACAACAAUCAGCAGUUACUACGCAGCCGACACAAGUAGAGACAGUGCUUGUGUACCCGCCGACCUGUGAGACCUUCGACGAGAGGGAACUUGCGAAAUUGCCGUUGUCCCGUAUGAAUAAAGCCGAACGUGACUUUUAUGUUACGACACAGUCGUAUCAAGAUCAUGUUGAGCCGUCGUCCAAUGAGUAUGUGGAAACCAUGCUCGUUGAGUUGAGAAAGAAGACGUUGAGACAGAUGACCGAUCCCGAAUAUAUGUUUUAUAUUCGAUAUGAAAAUCCGGAACGAUUACCUGCCUGGACGGGUAGAUCGCCAGAAAAGCCGAUUGCGCCGCAAGGCGAUGAAGCCGAUGUAUUCCACGAGACAGUGGAAGAGUUGCCGGUGCGACCAGCACUUUCUGAGGUACUUGGCGAUGCUUUGAACGCAGUCGCCGCAGCCGAAACCGCUCCUGACACUACCGGCGCUGACGCUGACGUUGACAUGCUGCCGGAUGCGAGUGCGGAUGAAGCUGCUGAAUAAAGUCGUCAUUGGAGGAUAAAGCAAGCCUCCGGAAUGGAACGCAUCAUGUUGGAAUGGAUCUCAUAAUUUCCGCUAUUUUUUCUGAAUUUUUGUGAUUGUUAACCAUAGUAUAUGCCGCCGAUUCGGUCGCAUUUUGCUCAUAAUGUUGCUCACUGUUUUGUUUUGCGAUUUGUGGCAGCCUCGGGGGGCCUCGGCCGUUCCGCCCCGUGGCAUGCUAGGCGAUCGGUGCCACCGCCCAGGAUGGUGUGGUUACGUUUGGGCUUUGGGGCAGCACCGAUUCUGCCGUGUUUGAUAGGCUUUGCAUUUUCAGUUGGUUUUUUGCACGCUUCCAAAUCUGGAAUAAAUUCCAGAUUUGUCCCAGUCUCGCCUUUGUGGUGGUCUUUGCCGUCGUAUUUCCCUUCCGGGAUAUAGAGCAUUUGUUCGGGCAUCGUGCCUUUAUUGUUUCUUUUCAUUUCACAAUAAAGAUCAUUUUGGUUGUGGCCGCGUAGAGGCACAUUUCUGUGUGGCAGCUGCAG